AUGGGACAACAGUCCUUUACAGAUAUCACCAUCAUUAAUUGUGCGCUAAAUGUGCCACUGAUGAUUAUAUCUAUCUCUGCAAACUCGUUGGUUUUGGCGGCCAUGUUGACGACACCAUCUCUUCGUUCGCCCUCUACCGUUUUCUUGUGUUGCCUUACCAUCUCAGACAUUCUUGUUGGAUUCAUUGCUCAGCCUGUCUACAUUGCAACGGAACUUGAACGUGCUCCACUUUUAUACGGCCCAAUGUUUGCGUUGACUUCGUUAGCUUGUGGUGUUUCAGUCUGUACAAUGGCGGUCAUAAGCGUAGACAGGUACUUGGCUCUUCAUUAUCACAUGACCUAUCCACAUAUAAUGACUGAAAAAAGAGCUCUAUAUAUUACACUAACUGUUUGGCUCACUGGUGCUCUUGUUUCGUGCAUAAAUCUUUGGAAUAAAAGUCUAUUUUUCUAUGUCACGGCUGUUGGCAUAGGUGUUUGCAUCACAAUUUCCACGAUUUCGUAUGUUAAAAUUUUUCUUAUCGUUCGUCAGCAUCAACUACAAAUUCAAGUCCAACAUCAGGCUGUACAGAACCUAAGUACUGCAAAUCGUACUCUGCAUCUCAACAAAAGUGCCAUAAACACUUUUAUAUACUUCAUGUUUAUGAUUCUGUGUUAUUCUCCACUAUUCGCUUCCAUGUUGAUUUUAGCUGUUAAUCAAAAACACGAAACAGAGGCAUGGAAUUUUGCAGAUACGAUUUCUUUUAUGAACUCGUCUAUAAAUCCAGUCUUGUACUGUUGGCGUCUUAGGGAGCUACGGACGGCAGUUUUGAAAAUACUGAGAAAAAUGUCGUGUAGCCAAAUCGGUGAAUCUUAAACAAGGACAUGCGUGCGUACUUUCUGGCAAUUGUACAAAACAGUGAACGUGAAACAGGACUUAUUAAUGCUCAAGUUCUAAUAAUGCAGCAAAACGUGUUCGACAAAGGUAAGCUAAAAGCUAUAAUAAUAGCUGUGUACCACCCGUUUACUUUCUUUGCGGUUUUAUGUGCUGAUAAACAAGCUUUCCUGUACACAAACACACAAACAGUUGAUAACAAAUAUGACGAAAAGAGCAACCAAGAGAUUCAUUGAUGGCUUUUAAAACGUCAAAUCACAUCAACAACAAAAACAACCUUACAUCUCUACCAUUUGAUUAAAGGCAAACACACUUAUGUAUUUAUUAGUAAAGGUAAUGUCUGACGUAAAAUAACUACAGAGGGAAACUUCAUAAACUCAAUACGAGUGGUCAAGUAUUUUUAAAAAUCAAGAAAAUUGUAAAUAGAAUGCAUGUAGUUUAUGACGGUGAAGUGAAAGAACAAUAUCUUUCACUCUCUUCACAUGGCACUUUGAGGGGCUUAGGUAAUUAAGGACACGAAAAAGAAAACAUUUUGGCUCCACUGCGUUGUACAACAUGAAUGGAGAACCAUUAGGUUUAUUUUGGCUGUUCCGGGCGGGUACCGAGAGGUAUAACAAUACGUUAUAAUAGCGGAGCUCUGGCGCGCUCGCGCGCCUGCGGAGCACCAUGGGUAAAGAAAACUACCCAUCCCAGAAAAUUUGGUAAUCACGUGACCGUACAUCGCCCGCCCGCCCGCCCGCUGCCCGUCCGUCCAUACUACCCAUGACUUAUUUGGCCUAGAUGGGUAUGUGCUGCUGAUUGAGGGUGGUUACCAUUUCACCUUUUAGAGUUUUGAACAGGGUGCCUGGGCUGUAAAGGUUGAUGAAGAGCAGUCCAUAGUUACAUGUUUUGUACCACCAUUUUUUCCCCAAGUUUUUUCCAUGUUUCUAAGUUUAAAAGCUAACUGAAAUAUGUAUGCUAAAAUGAAAUGAAUCAGAUUAUAAAAUAAGGUCUCUUGGCUUAAAAAGGGUAGGAAAAUGAACAAUGUGUCAUACUACCCACUUUCAGUGCAAACCCACGGAGGUGAUCUCACAUUUUAAUACUCUUUUACCACUUGUUGUAAGAGCAAAGUCAGUGAAGGUUUAUGGUCCAAAGAAAUGUUUUUGCCCGCCUCAACACAAGCUUCCAACUGUUAUUGCUGACUAAAAAUAAUACUAUCUUAAUAAUCAUUUUAAAUUUUUUUUCCAAGGCAUCCUAUGGUGUUUUUCACAUCCACUAGUACAAGGGAAUUUUUAAGUUGAGGAGGGUUUGAUUUCAUUAACUGCAUUUUUAUACAGACACAAACUAACCUGGCACGUUAGUGCCCAAAGAUGUAAAAAAUUACAUGCAACUGUAUGGCAAAAACUGAUCACAGUGGCCAGAGGGAAGGCAAAAAUAGAAAUGUAACCAUUUUCCUGAUUUGAAGCAUAUUUAACCAGAUGUGGUCCUUGUCAAAACAUGCAAACUUGAACAUUUAUUUCCUGAACUUAGCUAAUACUUUUUAAACCAUAAUCUUGUUCCAAGGGGUAGUGUAGUUUUUGGAAUUUAUAAUUUUUCUCUCUGUUGGCCAGCAACAAAACACACUUGAAUGAAGACUCAAACUAAAGGUAGUGUAAUAACUACUGUCAUGAAAAGAGAAUUCCAAACGCACAAAAUAGUUACCCUUUCAUUUACCUAAGCGUCAUUUAUUGGAAACUACGGUAAAGUUUAAAUUAAAUCACAGGAAAAUAAGAACUUAAGCAUAUCAACAUGUGCAAAAUAAAGAGAGAAUGAUCUCUUGGCAAAAUUUUAUUUAGCUUCUAGUACAUAAAGAAAUACAUGAAAUACGAGAUUUGACCAUGCCACUCAAUCAUCCAACGCAACUCUUCCAGGAUAAGUUCACAAUCAAGUAUGAAGAAUUAAGACUCUCAAUCAUCAUUUCUUGUCGUCUUAAAGGUGUAGUAAAACCGUAAACAACUCUGACAAUUCUUCUACUCGACCACAGCCACAGCACUUUUGUUCAUAUCACGAAGAAUUAAUUUUGGGCCUUUCACUUGAAAAUAUAAACUCUUCUACAUCCGUAUUUGAGGGUUGGCCCUUCUCUAGUCUGGUGGGUUUUCUAAACAGAAACACAUCUUGAAAGCCUGCAUCUAGAGAGGUGAACUGAGUGAAAAGGUCGGGCAUCGAGGAACAAUCUGUUUACGAUCAAUGUCCACUGGUCUUAGUGUAGUAAACCGCAUGUAAUGACAAAUCCAAGACCAGAAGAAAGGAAAACGUAAGCUCCACAUUACCGAGGACAAGAAUUGGUUACAGCAAAGAAAGCAAAGACCAACGGGACCAAAAGCGAAUUCACUUCACAUUGUCGAAUCGCUGCGAAAAACGAACUUCUUCUUGUUGUUGUUCCUAGUCCGUUCUGCGCAUGCUCGCUACUAUUCUCGAAUGAUUGACAGAUUUCUUAACUGGGGCGAUCAUGGAAAGCCAAAAAGCGGCAAGAUCAAAGGCCGUUGCCAGCCCCCCCUGUUCUAGCUACUUUGGAAGCCCAGGAGAAAGCUGAUUGUACAUCAAUGUCGUCAUUAAUUGACAGCUGUCAAAACAGGGUAUCCGCUGACCAGUAUCACCUGAUCGUAUCGCGGGCUCAGGUGUCGACCCAUUAAGGUCGAGUAUUUUUGAAGUUAUGCGCUGACAAUUUACUCGUUUUUAAAUGAUCGCAGGCUCACGUUUACUUAUUUUUUAAAUUCAUAUCAAAUAUGUUCUGUUUAUGUCAGUAUCGCCCCGCACUAUUACGAUUUUGAUUUCAAACUGACCUCAGACGCAAAAAUUCAGCCAGUUUUUUUAAAAUACAGGCGGGUAAGACCUUUUCUAACCAUGGUCACGUGUUGGUCACGCUCCACGUUCAAUUUUUAUGCUCUGAUUGGUUAAAAUUUGACAGGUGAGUUCAUGCGUAAAAUUUAUACAGCAUCUCGAAAGUUGUUUACUUUGACAGCUGAAGCUAACAGAGUUUUGAGUCAACUUGUGAUGUUUUUAACUGUCUUUUUCCACUGGAUGUAAAAAAUGAAAUACAGCUGCUGUCAAGAGUGUUCUCUUAUUCAUGGCUGGUUUGUUUAUUGGGUUUUUGGUUGAGAAAUGCGUCGCUUGUCAAAGCCGAUAAUCCGAUUUCGGAUGGCAUCGUUUUUGUUUUUCACCUUGCUGGAUGCGUACGAGAAUUAUAAAGGUUCAAGCGAUCCUUGCCUUACUUGAUAGCUUUCAGGAGCUGCAUCUCGAAAUAUGGUAAGCCUGAGUAAUUAUUGUAUUUAUAUCUAAUUUCAUGAAGUCCAGCGGCGCAGUUUAUGAAGCUAGUUUAUGCACGUUUGUAUAAGAUUUGACUGAGACACUGAUCUGACCUAGUAUGAGGUUUGAUAUAAGCUUAAGCUUACAAAACUUUAAAAAGCCUUUAGCCGAUAUUUAUUCACCGUAAAUAAAGAAAAAACUUUCCGAAGAAUAUUUAGUUAUAAUUUUGGCUUUAGAAAGAAAGCUUUGAGCGAUUUUCUUGAGUUCAUGAGUUCAUCUUUAAAAAAGCAAACACCGGGAAACCGGCGGCUUAAAACAUAAACUUAAUCUUCAAGCUUACUAGUAAAGACUUGAGGAUUUUUAGAGACACUUAAAUACUCAUUUGUUUUCGUGAAUGAAAAUUGUUGUCUCUGUAAAUGUUCUACCGAAUUAUAUUUCUUUAUUGAUUGUUAGUAAUCUCAAAAGUGUAAAUUUUCUUUAUUGAUUGUUAGUAAUCUCAAAAGUGUAAUUUUCAUCGCUUUGCCGUUUGUUUUCAGGCGGUCAUAAACAUCGCUUGCAGGAGUAAUCAAAAUGCCGAGCGUAUCAAACGCUUUUUAAGAUUACACAUCGUUAUAAAACCAUUAAGAAACAAUAGACUCAAUGAAUUCUUUAUCACGUUGAAGCGUAACUCUUUUAAAAUUUCUUCGCAAAUUUGGCGCUUGUCAAAAGUUAGAACCGGCUGGCCGUAUAGGUGAUUUUGGAAAUUUUUUGAACGGUUUCGCUGAUUAAAAGUCCACGCGUGCUUCGAUAAUCCUGAGUAUUGAAUGAAUGCAAUUUGUCUUGAAAAAUUGUGUAAUACUGCAUUUUGUACCGGGUCUGUAGGAUAGAAAAAGCGCCUCAUAGCACUCUUUCUCCUCAGAUGUGGUGUAUAAAAAAAAUAAAUAAAUAAAUAAAAGAAUGGUUUGCAAGCACCCAGAUUUAUUGGCAAGAAUUUGUAAACUUGUCGAACGCAAAAAAUUCGGCCUGAUGUGUUUUCCAAGAACUUGUUUUCCACGCCUUAUCUACUGUGAUCAAGAGCCAUUAUUGCUCAUAAAUGUGACCGGACUAUUUUUUGUCUGUACAUAUAAGGCUAUGUCAACUCGAUACAAGGUUUGUUUCACUCCAAAAUCACUUAGCUUUUCCCUCAGAAGUCACAUGAAUGUGCCCUUAAGUUAACUGAUUUGUGGAAUACAAAAUUAUUGUUUGAUUUAAGUUAUAAAUUUAUCAGUGGGAGCUUCGCUUUUAGCUGUGGCUAAAUCUAUAUUUUACAACUUUUAUUUCAUUCAAACAUGUGGUAGAUAACCUAGAGCAGAGCUGAGCGACAGUUUACAAAAACUACUGUCAGAACGGAGGCCAGAAAAAACUUGCCGAAAAAAAAAAAAAUAGGGAAAAAACUCGGCAGGAAAUCUGGGUAGGAUCCAUUGCUCAUGCUCUGAAAAGCUCAUCCCUACUAGGCUACAAGGCUCGAAGGUCUCUGUGGCCACAUUUACUAAGCAUGCAUUCCAACAAAGCACGGUAAAAUCAAAAUAAUUAUUCGAAAACAAAAGAAAACACAACGAACACAAGAUGCUACGGAACGUACACCUCGGCGUCGCGGUUGUGAAUUUGAUUAAUUGUAACCGCCGAGGAAUAGUAAGAAAUGAAAUAUGGUAAGAGUAAGGUGUUAAUUUGUAAAAUUAUAAGAUUUGUCAGAAUAUUCUGAAAAGAGCAACAUCCAAGAGCCCUACUUGCCAAAAACUAACAUUUCGGGGCAAAUUGUCUCUGAGAUAUUAGCUCAGUUAUGCUGUGAUGAUUCCAUACAAAUCCUUCUAAAUUUGACUAAACGUUUAGACCUAAGUCAAAUAUGAAGUUACUGGCGGUGAAUAACAAGUCUAACAAAACAAACAGUGAAAUGAAGAAUUCUCUAUUUUUCUUAAAUCAGGCUUCAAAAACAGCAUAGCAAUCUCACGUAUUGAGUCAAUUACGCUGAAAUGGAAUUGGCUAAAACUCAAUGUUACGUGUUCGAAUGUUUUGAGGAUAAUUAUUCACUGACUAUCAGCACGAAGGGAUGUUGGGUUAAAAACAAGCAAGUUUAAUACCGAAGGAACAUAGUCUUUACACAGCAUCCGCCAACACAAACUUAACUUGAACUUAAGUAAAACUAACAGCCUCUGCGAAUAAUAACAAACUCUCAGUUGAACUUAACUCGAAUAUCUUAACUAGAAUAACUUAUGGCUUCCGCCAACGUGUAAACAUAGAACUUGAACAUCGACCUUCGUCACACUUGACUAAACACAGCACUCCAGCUCGUGGGAAAAACUUAGGCCCGGUUCAGACGUCGAUCUUUUCAUGAACCCAACCUAAUUCGAAUCCUGUAGCACGGCACUUUAUCGCACUUUUACGAUCUCAAAAGUUAAUCUGAAUCUUCAGUAUUUUUGCCUCAUCGAAAUUUGGAUGUCUGAAGUCCAGGGAUGAAAUCUAUCAAAAAUAUUUGGAAUAUCAACGUCGGGUUUUAGUCACAAUAAGAUCACAAGCAACGAACCUUGAAACACAGAAACUCACAAAACGGAUCGAAAUCCACCAAUCACAAAACACAAACAAUGACCCUUUGAGCCCGUUGAAGUAAACUUUCGUUUUCUAAGAGGUCCGCUAAGAUGAUUGGCGUCUGGCAUUUUUUUGACGAGAGGAUCGAAAUGCACCUAUCAUAGAAAGACAGUUUUAAUUGUAUGUUUCCUAAGAGGUCAUCUGAUUUUCCUGCUUUCUUUAUUUUAUAUCCAUUUUCUGUUCCUUAUCUUGUGAUUGGUCGAUUUUGUUAGGUCGAGUGGAUAAUCCAAUGACGGACGAUUUGGAUAUCGUUUGAUCCGAAAUUUUUCGAAGCAGCAGGCAGUAAGAAGCAGUUUGGAGAACAUUUGACCUUUGGCCGCGACGUUUCGAGGAACGUGUUAAUAUAUUUGUUCAAUUAUGUUAUCCCGGGUUAAACUUACAAAUGCACACACUGUUCGCGGCAGGCCCCCACUAGAAAUUAACACUGAGUGUUUUCGGAAUGGGCUGGUCCGCGAACUUAACGAAAAACAAAGGAAAUUAUCAAGACACUCAAUGACAUCGAUGACUAAUGGACCCCAUAGACGCAAUGACAAAUUGGAAUAUCAGGAGUGUACGUGUAAAAUAGAUAAGAGUUUGAACAGAGGAAUGAUUAACAAGUUUGAGAGUCGGAAGAUUUGUGUAGCUGGUUAUCAGUGUGACAAUAGUGAUUUUCAUUUUUGCAUUGCGGAACACAACGAGUUGCCUGUGUUAAAAAUCUGUUCCGAUGAAGGGAGAGACGAUUGUCAACAAUUGAAACCAAAAGGGACUGACCCUUCUUUUGGAACUACUGUGAUAACUGCAACAAUUCUUUUUAUUAUUUCAAUGUUGUUUAGCAGGGUGACGGUUAAUGUACUUGUUUUUGUAUUGCGUGUUGUGUUUUUUCAUGUAGUUGUGUAUAUUUUGAUCGCGUACAUUUGCGUCUGGACUUUGCAUUAUCAGCAAGUUUUGUUAGAGUGUUUUGAUGGCCACGAGGUGACGUCAAGAGAAGGUAAUGAGCUUGUUGUACAGAAGGAAAAUUGUGUUGUAGAGGAAAUAAAAGAAGUUAAAUUGAGAUCUCGUCGUGGGAAAUUUAUUUAUAACAGAACUUACAAUUCCAUUCCAAUUCCAAUUCCAUUUGCCCCUCUGUACAUGCAUGCAAUUAUCCAAUUUAUGGUGCUUAUAACAGUUUGAAUCACCGGGUUAAUUUUGGCCAAUUUAAGCUUUGUACUUAUAUCGAGAGGAAUCCAAGACCUUCAGUUUAUGUAGAUGCUACAAAAACAAUUCAUGCUCCAUACUGUCAAGGAAACGUUACAGUAUUUAGGGAAAAUGCUGGACAACAGUGUGUCGCAAUGAGUCUGUGCGCUUUAAUAUACAGUAAGAUAACAAAUAUUACUUCAGUUGAUGAUAUGACUCAAAUAAUGAUUGUUGGUAUUCAAUUAUAAUCUAGUCUGUCACUGCUUGCAAGACAAUCUCUGUUAAUCUUAACAGAACUGCCAGGAAUGGUUACAGUGUUUGAGAAGUUUUUCCACCUUGAAUACAGUGACAGUUAUACUUGUAACAUCCAUGAUGAUCCCAGAAUUGAGGGGUAUCACUACUGUUUAAUUCCACUCACAGGGUACAGCAUUUGAAACACACACGGCACUGAACUACAACUCAUUCAUUUUAACGGUGGCAGUUAUUGGUGUUGGUAUCUACAACAUUGAGGUUGGGGGAUAUAAUGUAUUUGAUUCUCAUGCUAGAGAUAUGUAUUAUAACAGUCAUAGUGAAGGGGUAUGUGUAUUGUUGGAAACACCAUCCAUGCAUAAAUUAGUACAAUAUUUUCAGACUCUACAUAGGAAUGUGGAUAUAUAUGAACUUAAAGGUGUACAUAUUGCCACCUUUGAACUUUGAAAAUUGUAGUAUAUCAAAUGUUAAUAGUUACCAAUGUUCCUGUAAACAGUGCUGCCCUAUAGCAGUUUAUGCAAUGUGUUACUCUUUUAUUAAUCCCUGAGGAUACUGGACUUAAGGAACUUUAUUUGCUCUUGUUAGUAACCGGAAUACACUGUACAAUGUGAUGGUUGUGAAAACACAUCUGUCAGUCAAUCUUCCUCAAAGUGUCAGUAUCAGUGGAGCUGAGAUAAACCUUACUUAUGCCCUAUGUUGCAAUUUGGCUCCAAGCAUGUCUGCAUUGAAGAUGUGCAUAUUUUCAAACAUUGUCAUGAAAUGACACAAUUUUUGUUGGGGAUUGGGACAUACUGUAUAAGCUGUGUGGUGCAGCAAACAAGUGGAGUAAAGGAUUUAUCUUCUCUGGUAGGAUAUGAUGACAGUUGUUUAGCUGCAAUAAGGCAUAUUCAAAGUAUCGUACCUGUAGUACGACCACGCCCAAAUAUACGCUCCCACAGCGUCUUGUUGCUUUGGCUUUCCCGGGGUUUAAACCGACUCACCUGUGUGACCCGUCAAGAUCAAAGGAGACUCUAAGUUGAGGGAUUAGCCGAUUCCGCUACUGCGACAAAAGGUAGUUCGGGAUAUGAAAAAUAGUUAUGAAAUGAUGCACUAGUUUCGGUACUAGCUUGGGCGUGCAAGUUCGUAACUUUUCGGCUUGUUUCGUCUAUUUCACGAAAUGAGAUCGGACUACUUCGUGAUAUCUUGAGAUCACUUCGAGUUUAGUCUUUAAUUUACUCGAGGAAUAAAUAGAGGAUAUUACUUGGCCGCGCAGAGACAGGAAAUUUCUCUUCGAGUGUUGAAAAACAUUUCACGAGUGAGCGCUCCUUUCGAACUGUUUUAUGAUGAAGUUACAAGAUGCUGCACAAAGACAUUUUGUCGUUAUUGAGUGUUACGUAGUAAAAUUGCUUUCAUGCGUUGCGUGACUUUCUCGAACGAUAUCUACGUUUUUGGAUUAUUCGUGAAUAAUUUAUUAGGGCAUGUUUACAUUUCAGCAUGAGUCAGCAGAUUUUCGUCAGUUACUGAAAGCAUAAAAUAUGUCGAAAGGCUACUACUAUUAGCCUGUUUAGUAUUUUCUAGAACCUUAUGUGAAACGGUAUACAAGUUCCAAGCGAGUUCUUUUGACGAACUAAGUUUUUUCCCACGAGCUGGACAGCUGUGUUUAGUCAAGUGUGAACUUCCUUGUGUAAAUCCGACAUCCCUGAGUGCGGAUAGACAGUGAAUAAUUAUCCUCAAAACAUUCGAACUCGUAACAUUAAGUUUUAGCUAAUUCAAUGCUCAACGUAACUGACUCCUUACCUAUGCCUUACAUAUCUUUAAUCAGUACAUGAGACUAUGCUGUUUUUGAAGCCUGAUAUGACUACGAAAAAAAUACUGGAGUUCAUUUCACUGUUUGUUUUGUUAGACUUGUUGAUCACCACCACUAACCUCGUAUUUGACUUAGGUCUAAACGUUUACUCCCAAGUCAAAUUUAGAAGGAUUUGUAGGGAGUCAUCAGAGCAUAACUGGGCUAAUAUCUCAGAGACAAUUUGCCCCGAAAUGCUAGUUUUUGGCAAGUAGGCCUCUUGGAUGUUGCUCUUUUUAGAAUAUCCUGACGCUUUACAUGGUCAAAAUUUGCCUACGAUCUUUUGUCGUUUAGACCAUUGGCUGAUCUCAAAUUCUUACAUGAUCUAGUUAAAGCAGCAGAUAAUCCCGGCAAUUAGAACAGACCAUGCAGCUAUUACUCUUGAACUUGUAUACAAAUCUGAUGACAUCAAAGGUCCAGGUAUCUGGAAUGAAUUGCUCCCUUUUUAGAUGAUGAAGACUACGUUAAUGGCAUCACGGGAGGAUACCUAUCUGGUUAGCUGAAGGUCGUAGGACCGAAGUAUUUUGGGACUGGUUAAAAUACAACAUAGAGCGCACACUAUACAGUAUUCAAAAGAAAAGCUCGAGAAAGAAGUGAAAAGAGAAAAAGGAACUCCAAGAACAAACUCGCUAAUGCAAAGUGUGCUUUGAAACAGAUCCCAGUAUUUUGAAUGCAAAUUUAACUGUGCUAAGGUAUGCUGAAUUAUUUUAUGAAGAAAAGGUUAGCGAAUAAUUAUUCGAGCGAGCCCGCUGGCACGAGCAUGGCGAGAAAAGCACCAAAUACUUUUAAACCUAGAAAAAGAAAUCAUGUCAAAAAACAUAAGGAGAAAAUUAAAUAUCAACGGCUCGUCUACCACGGAUCCGUCAAAAGAUCUUGUCCGAACAACAACGUUUUUAUCAAGAAUUGUACUGAGUAAGAACACAUGAAUAAUGAAAAUUUGCACGAAAUUAAAUCCUUUUUAAAGAUUUGUCAUCUUUAAACUGUGAAGAACAAAAAUGUCUUGUGGUGAAAUUACUCAGAAGAAUGCGCACUUAUCUUGGAUAGUUUCAAAACAAUAAAACUCCAGGGAACGAUGGAAUUUAUCGAAUUCUAUAAAAAUUUUGGCCUUUACUUUGUGAGCCUUUCGUUCUCUGUUGCUAACGAAUGCUUCCGAGAAAAAGGUGAAAUGUCGCGCCUCAAAAGCAAAGUAAUUACGCUCAUCGAAAAGAAAAGGGAAAAUCGAUCCUUUCUGGAAAACUGAGGCCGAUAUCUUUGGUAAAUGUGGAUGCGAAAAUUAUAUUUAAAGUUAUAGCUGCUAGAAUACAAAAUGUUCUACUCAUCAUCCAUUACAAUCAAACUGGAUUUAUAAAAGAGCCGCUAUAUCGGCAUAAAAAAAGUACGAUCGAUUUUUGACAUAAUGAACUUCACUGUUGAAGAAAACAUUCCUGGUUUGUUGAUCUUUAUCCCGAUUUUCAGAAGGCUUUGAUAGUUUAGAACGCAGCUUUUACAAAGUUGUCUAGAAUCUUUAAUUUUGGCCAGAGCUUUAUUAGAUGGGUUGCUUCUUUUUUACAAAAUAUACAAAGUUGUGUUAUCAACAAUGGCAUAAUCUCCUGAUUACAGUCGAACGAGGAGUUGAGGGGCAAGGUGAUCCUCUUUCUCCUUAUCUCUUUGUAGUAGCUGUUGAAACCUUGGCUGUCGCAAUAAGACAAACUAAUGAUAAAAGGUAUUACUAUUGACAAGAAGGAAACAAAAUUGCUUCAAUACGCAGAUGACACAACUGUGGUUCUGUCAGACAUCGACUCAGCCCAAACCCUUUUCAGGUUUGUUAGACGAUUUAAAGAGAGGAUUUCAGGUUUGUUGUUAAUCCCUCAAAAACUGAAGCAAUGUGGAUCGGAUCAUUAAGGAAAAUAAAUCAAACCUUUUUGGUGAUAAAUGGCAAAUAGACCACCCAAAGCUCUCGGAGUCUAUUACACCUAUGAUCAAAAUUACUACUCGAGAAAAAUUUUUUAUAGAAAGACUGAACAGCGUGAAAAAAAUUGGUACACACAUAUGGUCUGCGCGAGGUCUUUUCCUUUAUGGAAAGGUUACUGUUAUCAAAUCGUUGAUUGUUCCAAAAUUUGUUUACGUGGCAUCAUUAUUAACAAUUUCCAAAGUGGGCUGGUUCAAAAUUGAACGAUUGAUAUUAAAUUCUAUGGAGAGGUGUUGACAAGGUCACACGUUUGUCAACAACAAAUGACCAAAAAAAAGUGGUUUGAAAAUGAUUGACCCUAGAAAACGAUGGUCAAAAUCCCAUAAUUUCACAAAUUAGCACCUUACUCUUACCAUAUUUCAUUUCUUCCUAUUCCUCCUCAUUUGCAAUUAAUCAGUUCCAAAACCACGACGCCGAAGUGUACGCUCCGUAGCGUCUUGUUCAAUGUACUAGCUCAUGAAAAGUUUGGCGUCUGAACCAGCCUUAGUUCGUCAAAAGAACUCGCUUGUAACUUGUAUAUCGCUUGACAUAAGGUUCUAGAAAAUACUAAACAGGCGAAUAAUAGUAGCUUUUCGACAUAUUUUAUGAUUUCAGUGACUGAUGCAAAGCUACUGAUUCACGCUGAACUGCAUGUAAACAUGUCCUAAUUAAUUAUUCAUGAAUAAUCCAAAAGCGUAGAGAUUGAUCGAGAAAGUCAAGCAACGCAUGAAAGCAAUUUUACGACGCAACACUCUACAACGACAAAACGCCUUUGUGCAGCAUUUUAGAAACUUUAAAUUCAUCAUAAAAAAGUUCGAAAGGAGCGCUCACUCGUGAAAUGUUUUUCAACACUCGAAGAGAAAUUUCCUGUCUCUGCGCGGCCAAGUAAUCUCCUCUAUUUAUUCCUCGAGUAAAUUAAAGACUAAACUCGAAGUGAUCUCAAGAUAUCACGAAGUAGUCCGGUCUCAUUUCGUGAAAUAGCCGAAACAAGCCAAAAAGUCACGAACUAUCGCGCCCAAUCUUGUCGCGAAAAGAGUGCAUAAUUUCAUAGCUAUUUUUCAUACCCUGAACUACCUUAGGUCGCAGUAGCGCAAUCGGCUAAUCCCUCAACUUAGAGUCACCUCUGAUCUAACGGGUCACACAGGUGAGUCGGUUCAAAUCCCCGGAAAGCCAAAAUAAUAAUUCUUUCUUCCUCGAAUAUAUUAAAGAAUAAAUCAAAGAAAUCGAAGUGAUCGCGAGAUAUCUCGAACUAAUUCGGCUCUCACUUCGUUAAAAAGCAGAAUAAAACCGAAAACCUACAGGCUUUGCGUGCCCAAUCUUGUCCCAGAAAUGUCAACUUUGAUAUAUACAUUCCUGAACGUCGCGAAUCCUUUACUUCGCGCUCCGCCGAAGUAACUAGCUAAAGCCCUCGCGAAACUCAAUCUGUCACUUAAUAAGUAAGUAAAUAAAUAAAUAAAAAAUAGUUAAUAGUGUGAGCUAAACGAGGAGUCGGCCUAGAAUGCUUUCGCACGUGAUAAGCAUUCCUUUUGUAGCACUCCAUUCUACCUAUACUGCACUUCAAAUGCAGCUGCCCCAGUCCUCACUGCUUCCGUGCUGCAGAAAUGUUUCAUUUCCGGCUAAUUCGUAUCCACUCAAACGCCCGAAUACCAUAAUUAUUUUCAUGAGCAAAACAAGUAACAUGCACUGGCCGGGCAUGACGCUUUUGAAAGUCAUGUUAGUUUUUCGACCAGAAGCAUUUACAGUUUUGCCUUUUUUGAUGAUUUAAUUUUCUUUCGAAGCCGAUUUUAAUUAAAAUUCAAUUCUGCAGGUCAGGUGUCAGGGAAAUUAAAAAAGGUAUAUAUUUUGUUAGAAUGUUUACGUUGAACAUGCCAUUUAUUACUAUUAAAAGACUAAGAUGUUUAUUUUUGAAACCAAUUGUUAAGAUGCCAAAAGAAAAAAAUGAUUUGGUGCGUUAUCAGCAGGAAAUGGAUGAAAGCCCUCUUCAUCAUGCAUUUUAUUAAAUUUUACUAACACUCUAUUUUGUAAAGGAAAAGAAACGUAGAAAAUAACAACUAGCACAUUCAAAGAGAAAACAUUCCCUGUUGAUGAAAUGGGACUACAACAGUCGUUUUCAGAUAUCACCAUUAUUAAUUGUGCGCUAAAUCUGCCACUGAUGAUUACAUCUAUCUUUACAAACUCGUUGGUUUUGGCGGCCAUGUGGACGGCAACUUCACUUCGCUCGCCCUCUACCGUUUUCUUGUGUUGCCUUAUCGUCUCAGACAUUCUUGUUGGAUUCAUUGCUCAGCCUGUUUACAUUGCCACAGAACUUACACGUGCUCCAUUCUUAUACGGCGCAAUGUUUGGGUUGACUACGUUAGCUUGCGGUGUUUCAGUCUGUACAAUGGCGGUCAUAAGCGUAGACAGGUACUUAGCUCUUCAUUAUCACAUGACCUAUCCACAUAUAAUGACUGCAAAAAGAGCUCUAUAUAUCACACUAACUGUUUGGCUCACUGGUGCUUUUGUUUCGUGCAUCAAACUGUGGAAUACAAGUUUCUUCUUCUACGUCACGGCUGUUGGCAUAGGUGUUUGCAUUACAAUUUCGACGUUUUCAUAUGUUAAAAUUUUUCUGAUCGUUCGUCAGCAUCAACUACAAAUUCAAGCCCAACAUCAGGCGGUACAGAACCUAAAUACUGCAAACCGUACUCUGCAUCUAAAAAAAAGUGCCAUAAACACUUUUAUAUACUUCAUGUUUAUGAUUCUGUGUUAUUCUCCACUAUUCGCUUCCAUGUUGAUUUUAGCUAUUUAUCAAAAACACGAAACGGAGGCAUGGAAUUUUGCAGAUACGAUUUCUUUUAUGAACUCGUCUAUAAAUCCAGUCUUGUACUGUUGGCGUCUUAGGGAGCUACGGACGGCAGUUUUGAAAGUACUGAGAAAAAUGUCGUGUAGCCAUAUUGGUAAAUCUUAA